GUACGAUGAAUUUGCCGUGAACUGUUUGCUUUUUCACGUUUUCUUACAUAAUGUGUUUAUUUUUCCUGGGUGUAAUUUAUGCUCUGUUGAAUAAUUUUGUGUUUCAUUUGUGAUGCAUUCCUAAGCAGCAAAAAAUUUGGUACGCAGAAGAAGAUAAAGAGCAAAAAAUUUCAGCUUUAUGCUGGCCGCCAUUGUGACCAUGAAUGAGGGUUGAUUUUAUUUCUACUUCUUUUUGUGUUUGGGGGGUUGAUUGAUUAAUGUGGGUUCUUUUUUCUAUAUUCUUUUCGAUUUGUGUAGGCUGUGAGAUUCCAUCUUCAGGUUUCACUAAGAAGAAUGAUUCUUGACUUUUUACUUGUUUGUCAAGUUAUGAAUUUGAGAUACAUAUGCAUACUUGUAUGCAGCUGGGCAGUCAAAUGAUACAUGCACGGCGAAGAGAUGAGCUCUUGACUUGUGGCUGCGGGUCAACUUACUGGAGGUUGCUAAUAACAAGGGUGUUGACUCGGACGGAAAUGAGAUACAUCAUUCUGUUGGAGACGCACAACCAAGUCUUGCAAGAUGUAGCUGCAGGUUUGGCCCUUCUGCGUAGAAAAUCAUUUACUGUUCCAACUUGUGGUCACGUGGACGAUGUUUUGUCUGAGGCCGAGGAAUUCUCUCAUGAUGAUUAUGUUUCUUCUGCUCACAUCUUAGAUAUCAGUACGCACAUGUAUGGUUAGCUGAAAUUUUCUUGUUGAAUGAGAGGAAGACUUCCUUUCCUUGGUUCAGACUUCAGACUGAAUGAGACAUCAACUUUUCCAAGAGGAAAAAGUGUUUUAGCAUAAGUUCUUAGAUUCAAUGUUAAAGGGGCGCCUCCAUCUUCUCUGUAUCACUUGUGAGGUUAAGUUAAAAUAUUACACAACUCGAAUUAACGGAUGAGACCAUCUUAGAGAAAAGUUGUACGGGAAGGCUUUCACUGAACACCGCCAGUUCCUCCCCAAACAUGCAUUUGUUUAGGCCCAUUGGCCAUAUAUGCUAAGCUAGUGUAUUUUAGUUCCAACAACUGUAAAAAAUAAGAGGUGAGCCCUUGUUGCAAGUACGAAGCCUCUGUCUAGGCUUUAGCGUUUCCCAAACUUAUGCUCUCAAUUGCAUUCAACCCGCUAAGAAGCCCAUAUAUUCUCAAGGCAAUGAAAUUCUCUGGAUCAAUACUUAGAUGCAUGUGGCUACUCUUUGGUCAUUCUCGGAUAAAGCCAAAGCUCCAUUCAUAUUGUACUCUUCUUGUGCACAGUUUAAGACUUACUUUGAUGGUGUCCGAAAUAAAAUAGUUAUUGUCAGUAUAUUAAACUAGUCAAUAUAUGAUGUAACAAAUUUGUAUUCUAUUGGGAUCAUAACAAGGAACUAAUGCUCCAUUUAGAAUACCAUUUGCCAUUGCAACAGAAAAGAGAAUCGCCUUAUUUGUUAUGCAUUAUGUUAUUCCUUGUAAUGUUAUAUGCUUAUACGGCCCAUAGUAGUCACUGUGAUCUUUUUGACAUGCUUACAUGUUAUGUUUUAUUACAUUUUCAAAUUUCUAAUCCAUGUGAACCUUGAUCUAAAGAUUGUUACGGAUUUGAUUAUUUCUCUGUACUCAAAAUUCUACCAUUAUU